AUGGGAAACACAACUCUGCGACCGUCCCGCAAGGACACGAUCUUGAGUCGCCGCUACAUCGAGGGUCAAAUUGCAGAAGGCAAACAUGUUGUCAUCUUCGAGGGCCGAGUCCUCAAAGUCGAUGCUUACAUGAAAUUCCAUCCCGGUGGUGAGAAGCCGAUGAAGCACAUGGUGGGCAGAGAUGCAACAGAUGAGAUCAAUGCGUUACACUCAAAGGAGGCUCGCGAAAUGAUGUUGUCCUAUCAAAUCGGUCGCAUUGAAGGAACUUGGAUCAAUUUCCUCCCUCCUAUUCAAGGCGGCAAAUUUCGCCCAUACGACGAAGAUACAUGCUCAAGUGAGGACAGUUCGUCCAUCCAAGACAGUGCUAGCUCGGGCGCGUCUACGCCACCAUCCCCUAUAUUCGAAGCGGCCGAGCCCGGCGGUGCAGUGCACCGAAAAGUGUCGACAGCUCCCUCGGCGAUGUCCACUCCCCAUGAAGAUGACCAGCCGCGGCCACAUUUCCUCGAUGCGAGAACCCGAGAAGAAGUUGUGUUCGACACCAUGAAGUAUCCCUCCUUGGAGACUGCGAGCCAAGAGAGCAUCAAACAGAAGUACCGAGAUCUGAAUGAGCGCAUGCUCGCUGAGGGACUCUUCAAUUGCAAUUACACGGCCUACUUCGUCGAGUGCUGCCGCUACACUCUUUUCGCCGUCCUGUCCUACUGGUUCCUGCGACUUGGCUGGUGGGCAACGUCUGGAUUUUGGCUCGGCUGCCUCUGGCACCAGCUGGUGUUCACAGCCCAUGAUGCUGGCCAUAUGGGUAUUACACACAACUUUCAUGUCGACACAAUCAUUGGAAUCAUCAUCGCGGAUUAUAUUGGAGGAUUGAGUCUGGGUUGGUGGAAGCGAAGCCACAACGUUCACCAUAUUGUGACCAACGAGCCCGAGCAUGACCCGGACAUUGAGCACAUGCCCUUUUUCGCCAUCUCCCACCGGUUCUUCGACAGCCUCCAGAGCACAUACUACGAUCGCAGCAUGACCUUUGACGCCUUUUCCAAAUUUAUGCUCAAGAUUCAAAACUAUUCGUACUACCCUAUCAUGAUGCUGGCUCGAUUCAACCUUUACCGUCUAAGCUGGGAAUACCUGCUCAAGCGACAAGCUCCCCGGAAAGGUCCUGCUCGUUGGCACGUGUGGGUGGAAUAUGGUGGUCAGCUCUUCUUUUGGUACUGGUACUGCUACCUCGUGGUGUACAAGACCAUUCCGGAUUGGAGCAGUCGCCUGACCUUCAUCUUGGUCUCCCACGUGGUCUCAUCGCCCCUUCACGUUCAGAUUACCUUGUCUCAUUUCGCCAUGUCCACGGCGGAUCUUGGCAUCAACGAGUCCUUUGCGCAAAAGAUGCUGCGCACUACCAUGGACGUUGACUGCCCGACAUGGCUCGAUUUCUUCCAUGGAGGACUACAAUUCCAAGCAAUUCACCACUUGUACCCUCGUAUGCCUCGCCACAAUCUUCGCCGAGCCCAGAAAUAUGUGGCCGAGUUCUGUCGCGAUACUGGUAUUCCCUACGCCCUCUUCACCUUCUACGACGGCAACAAGCAAGUCAUCGGCCGACUAGGUGAUGUGGCAAAGCAGCUGCGCAUUCUCGAGGAAUGCCGCAAGUCCAUUGUAAAGGAGACGGGAUUUGCGCACCAGCACUGA